UGCCCUUUCCACCUCCAUUCUCACGCUGAAAAGCUGAUAUUGCGUUGUCCGCUCAUUGUGCAGUUCAGCUCGUUUGUCUAGCUGCUCGACAAAACACACGUCGAUUUUUCCUCAGUAUUGCACAAGUUUUGAUUACCAAGGCGAAUAUUUUACACAGUCUAUUAUUUAUUACUUUGAGAAAUUUGGGUAAUUUAAUGUCCAGCGCACGGGAACUCGUGUUGAUCAUUGGGAAUACAACUUUUCUCUCUGCGCAAAGAAAAGUGACUCAGCGCACGUUUACGCACAAAAAGGGCGGACGCAUUUGAAAAUCGACAAUAAUCGUAUUCCUGUGGUGAAGACCCAAAGUUGGAAUGGAAUUACUUGGUGGUCUACUCAUACAAAAGGUCAAAUAUGCGUAAUUUUCCCCUACAGUUCCUCGCGGAUAGCCAUAUAAAGGGUGCAAAUUGCCAUAGUGCACCAAACUCAAGCAAAGUACGAUGGACACGUGCAUAUUUGUUGACUCUCCUUUUUUGCGAUUUACUCGAGGUCUCUUUGUGUGCAAGUGUGGCAGGAACCAAAGUUGAACACGAAGGAUUUUGUCCAAACAAGCUGAACGCUAAUCUUUGGGUUGAUGCACAAAGCACAUGUGAGAGGGAAUGCGACAUCGAUGAGGACUGUGCUGACUUUGAGAAAUGCUGCACCAAUGUGUGCGGCUUCAACAGUUGUGUUGCUGCUCGUUUCUCUGAUGGCACCCCUGCUCUGCCACAUGAACAGGGUGAAGGGAAAGGUGAUGCUACCUCCGCCUCCACAGCUACCUGUGAGGGCUUUAUCUGCAGCCAGCAGGGAUCAACCUGUGACAUCUGGGAUGGACAGCCGAUCUGUAAGUGCCAGGAUCGGUGUGAGAAGGAACCCAACUUCACCUGUGCAUCAGAUGGCCUCACCUAUUUCAACCGCUGCUAUAUGGAUGCAGAAGCCUGCAUCCGGGGGGUGACUCUAACUGUGGUCCCCUGUCGAUUCUACCUCGCUGGCCCUCCCACCAGCCCCCUGCCUCAAGACACUACAGUUCACCCAACCCCAACAUCCUCCCAGGAGGAUCCCAUGCCUCCCACGCUGUACUCCAACCCUCACCACCAGUCCAUCUAUGUUGGAGGCACAGUCAACUUCCACUGCGAUGUCAUUGGAGUCCCCAGACCAGAUGUAACAUGGGAAAAGCAAAGUGACCGGCGUGAACGCCUUGUCAUGAGGCCUGAUCAGAUGUAUGGCAAUGUGGUUAUAACCAAUAUUGGACAGCUAGUAAUUUAUAACGCCCAGGUUUGGGAUACCGGCAUCUACACCUGUAUAGCACGGAAUUCUGCAGGAGUUCUUCGCGCAGACUAUCCUCUGUCUGUUAUUCGCCGGUCAGAUGAUGACUUCUCUGAAGAUCCUGAGAUGCCCAUGGGACGGCCUUUCUCUCCAGCAGAUUGCCUGGCGGAAGUCGACCUGAGUGUGUGCAGUGGAGAGCGUCACGUUGACUGGUAUUAUGACAGCAAGCUGGGCUCCUGUGUGACGUUUAGCAGUGGUGGAUGCGAAGACAGCCGAAACCGAUUUGAGACUUAUGAAGAGUGCAAAGCUUCUUGCCAGAGAGAAGACAUGGGGAUCUGCUCUCUGCCUGCUGUUCAAGGUCCCUGUAAAGCUUGGGAGGCACGCUGGUCCUGGAAUUCCAUAACAAAACAGUGCCAAGCCUUUGUCUAUGGUGGCUGCCAUGGGAAUACCAACAACUUCCACACCAAAAAGGAGUGUGAGGCCAACUGCCCGCAACCAAAAAGGAAGCCUUGCAAGACCUGUCGCGUGAAGGGGAAAAUGGUGCCCAGCUUAUGCCGCAGUGACUUUGCUAUUGUGGGCCGACUGACAGAGCUUGUCGAGGAUCUGGACUCUGGGUUAGCCCGUUUUAGCUUGGAAGAAGUCUUGAGGGACGAGAAGAUGGGCUUGACUUUCUUCAAUACCAAACAUUUGGAGGUGACUAUUGCUAAGAUAGACUGGAGCUGUCCCUGUCCCAACAUCACUGUUGAGGAAAACCCUUUGCUGGUGAUGGGUAUGGUGCAGGACGGCAUGGCUAUCAUCCACUCAGACAGCUAUGUAAGAGCCAUAAAUGAACGCAGGCUGAAAAAGCUGCGUGAUGCUCUGGGUAAAAAGGCCUGUGACACCUUACUAUGACUUAGACUCGUUCUGUCCACAGAUGGGUUUUAGUGAUGUAUGUGUUUGAAAUGAAGACAAGCAUCAGAACUGCAACAGAAAAGCUGAUAUUUAAUAACUAUUUAUCAAAACAGAGUAGAACAAGUUAAAUACUGCAUGCUGAUGUAGGUAUGAGAGUUUUUUUUAUUCCAACACAGAUAUAAUAACAUUCCAGAUGUGUUGAUUCCCAUUGUAUUAAUACUAAUGCUAAAUUGCUGUUUUCAAAUAGGUUUAAGAUUUUUUUUCUUAUUUGUGAACUUUGCAUUGUGAAAACAGCAGCCAAGAUAACAGACACACAUGUUGAUCAUGUUGCAAACAUCCCUAGCUUGUAAUACUAAACAAAUAGACAUGUAUUAUAAUUACUUUUGCUAAUGUUAUUUUUUUCUGCUCUUCACUUUCGUUUCUCCAUCUUUGUUUCAUAAAAAAUGUC